GGGAAAUACCGCUGUGACCACACGUGGCAGCACCUGGCAGAUGCUUUUUUACAUGUAUCCCCAGCAAAUUAAUUCAUGCUUGCUUAUUCCGUACUUUAUAUUAGUUGCCAAGCUGCCACUUCUCUGAGUCGCGCAACAUCGAAUAAGAUACGUUGUCACCUAAUCCUUUUCCAGCCAUAUUUUUCUACAAUCGCUUCGCAACAGCAUGGCAUCAAGGUUUGGCCACUCGACGCUCCACCAGCGAGAUUCCCGCAGCGCUCUGUUCGAGGGCUACAGCGGUAGCGGACGGAAUAGCGCCGAUCCUGCGAGACGAACGAGCCCGGCGCCGGGCGGCUACGGGUAUGGGUAUCCCGGGGGAAGCAACGGCGCGGCGACCGGCGGUGGCAGCACGCAUUUAGGCGUGGAUAGUAGGGGAAAUUAUAGGCCUGCGACACCGAAUUCGAGGGGCCAAUACAGCGACGCGGUGCUUAACGAGCUCGAGAGCCAGAACGACCAGCAGGUCGAGGGCAUCUUAGGGAAGGUCAAGAUCCUGAAAGAUAUGACAUCGGCUAUCGGCGACGAGAUCAGGGAGUCUUCGGCGCUCGCGGAGAAGAUGAACGAUACGUUUGAUUCGACGCGCCUGCGGCUGCGCGGCACUAUGAACCGCAUGCUUGUCAUGGCGGAGCGCACCGGUGUCGGUUGGAAGGUGUGGCUGGCGUUCUUUGCUGCCGUCAUAUUUAUUUUCGUCUACGUCUGGCUAUUCUGAUUUCUAUCCCCGUUUGCGGCUUGCGAGUUGCGGGUUUUCACUUUGCCUACGAAGACUAGACGAAACUAAAACGAGGCGAGAUGGUACAAUUCCGAUCAAAAUGACUUAGAGAGAAUGGAAGAGACACCAACGCAGACAGGCAGGCAAAGCAUUAUGAAAACGGCGUUUUAGGAUGUUUGGUAUGGGAGCGGAUAUGAUGCGCAAAAGGGUUAUUUUUAUUAUUUUUUGGCUUCUCUGAAUAGGACAUACUACACUACACUUACACGUAUGGUACGGUACGAGUU